AUGCUGCACUCCGUUGCCAUGACAGCAGAAGUUCUCUUUGUUCUCGGGGUCCUGAUGAGCGGCGCUCAGUGUAAUCCUAUAGCGACCUUACCGGUGAGCCGAGAACGUCUGGAAAGGGUGUUGACCCAAGCCAGGGAGGACAAAAAUCAGGACAAGCAGGCCCCAGAGGAACCGCUAGGAUACGGCGCUCAGCAGCGGCUGCAGGAAAUCAAUGCCUCGGGCCCCAACAGGACUGCCGUGAGUCGUGCCAAGCCGAACCUCAGCUCCCAGACAAGAGGAUCUAAGGGCGGGAAGCCCCAGGAGCUGUGGAGCGAGCAGGACACCCUGAAUCAAAUAGACGAGGGCCCCACCAGUGACGUCACCCUCGCCCUGGACGCCAUCGACGAGUACGCCUACCCAGACUACAGGGGGAAAGGCUGCAUGGAUGAGAGCGGCUUUGUGUUCGCCAUCGGUGAGCAGUUCACCCCGGGCCCUUCGACGUGCCCUUGCCUCUGCACAGACGAGGGCCCUCUGUGCACCAAGCCAGAAUGUCCCAAGGUCCACCCUCGCUGCAUUAAAGUAGACACCAGCCAAUGCUGCCCGCAGUGCAAGGAGAAAAAGAACUACUGCGAGUUUCGGGGCAAGAUCUACGCCUCUCUAGAAGAAUUUAAGGUGUCUCCAUGUGAGAAGUGCCGAUGUGAGCCAAAUGGAGAGGUGUUGUGCUCUGUGGCAGCCUGCCCUCAGACAGAGUGCGUGGACCCGGAGUACGAGCCGGAUCAGUGCUGUCCCAUCUGCAAGAGCGGGCCCAAUUGCUACGCGGACACAGCGGUGAUACCGGCCGGCCGAGAGGUGAAGAUUGAUGAGUGUACAAUCUGCUACUGCACAUACGAGGAGGGCACGUGGCAAAUUGAGCGUCAGGCCACCUGCAGUAAGAACGAGUGCCAGCGGAGCUAG